UUCUCUUAUUAAAGGUGAUACACUGACGUUAUUUCCUCCCUCUAGAAACAGUUCCCGUGGCGUGGCUGGUGUGAAAACGCAGACAUUUCACGUAAAAGUACUUUGGCGGAGACAUCUGCAGUACACUCUUCUGACCACAUGGGGCGGCAGUGAAACGGCCUACUGAGCCAAGAAUCCGUCAGGCUACAAUGGAGGGACUGGGUGAAGAAAAUCACGAAGAGACCGUAUAUUGGAUCUACUCUUCAUUUCAGCAAGCAAACGCAGUUUAUGGUGUCACCUAUACUUCAGGACGGUGUCUACAGAUUAUAUCCACCUGUCUGUUACAUUCAAUUCGGGAGUGAAGAGGGAAGAAGACCUAAAAACAAGGAAUAGUAUGGACCACUUUGUCCUGUUAGAUGCGGCAAGCCGAACACAGACUGGAUCACAGUUAGAGCGGAAGUUAGACGACAAUGACCGGACAUCGUGUGAAUAUCUGGGGAGAACUUGACCCUAGUGUCUUGGCUCGCUGCAAAGGACACAAUGCUUUUCCUCAGCGGUGACGUUUUGGCUUGCACCGUGUAUGGUCUGAGCUGAAAACAGAUGUGGACGCCUUGCUGGGGGACACACAUGUCGAGCAAACCGCGGAAGUCGUGUCCGAGAUAAUAGCAGAAGUCCCCGCCGGACCAUGGGACUGACGGAGCUGCUUCUCGGACUGCUGUGGCUCCGCUCCGCUCUGCUCUGCGCAGCAGGCUGCAGUGAGCGAGUGGAGGUCCAUACAGAGAGGAGGGGUGUGAUCUACAGUCCCUCCUGGCCUUUAAACUACCCCCCUGGGGUUAACUGUAGCUGGCACAUUCAGGGAGGUCAGGGAGAGGUCAUUACCAUCAGUUUCCGUAACUUCGACGUGGCGGAGUCAGGAAGUUGUUCGAGAGACUGGCUUCUGCUGACUCCGACGUGGAGCGGGGAACCAAGGCUGUGUGGCUCCAUGCUGCCUCCUCCCUUCAUCUCCACCAGGGGGCGUGUUUGGCUGUACUUCCACUCUCAGGCCAACAGCUCCGGGCAGGCGCAGGGCUUCCGCCUCUCCUACAUCAGAGGUCACCUGGGUCAGAGCAGCUGUCAGUCUGAUGAAUUCCUGUGUGGGAAUGGGAAGUGUCUUCCCCACUCCUGGAAGUGCAACGGUCAGGAUGAAUGUGGGGAUGCCACAGACGAACGCGGCUGCUCCCCCCCUCCCACCGAGGCCCGGCCUGGCCUCUGCCCCUUCGGCUCCCUCCCGUGUUCUGAGUCCCACUCUACCCGCUGUCUGCCUGCCGCCCUCCGCUGCAACGGAGCCCGUGACUGCCCCGAUGGCACAGAUGAGCUGGGUUGCCCCGACACUACCUGUGGGAAACGUCUGGGGAACUUCUACGGCUCCUUUGCUUCCCCAGAUUUUUUCCGGGCUAACAGGAGUGCCGGGGCGGAGCUGAGGUGUUCCUGGUUGCUGGACACACAGGACCCCAAGCCUAUCGUGCUGCAGCUGGACCUGCAGCUGGGGCCCGGAGACUCGCUGCACGUCUACGAUGGCCUGCUGCAGCGGGCAGAGCACCUCUUACAGGUGUUUUCACAUCAUAACAACAGGCGCCCCGCACUGCUGGAGUCGAGUCGGGGACAGAUGAGUGUUUUGUACGUGGCGCAGCCUCACAGCCCUGGACAUGGCUUCAAUGCCACAUACCAGGUAAAAGGUUACUGUUUUCCCGGCGAGCGUCCCUGUGGCAGUGAUCAGGGCUGCUACUCUGAACGCCAACGCUGCGACGGCUACUGGCACUGCCCGUCUGGCCGCGACGAAGAGGCCUGCCCGACGUGCCCAGACGGGGAGUUCCCUUGCGAGGGUGGCACCGCUGUGUGCUACACAGCCUCUGAGCGCUGCAACAACCAAAAGAGGUGCCCGGAUGGGUCGGACGAGAAGAACUGCUAUGACUGCCAACCUGGAAACUUCCACUGUGGGACUAACCUGUGCAUAUUUGAGACGUGGCGGUGUGACGGCCAGGAGGACUGCUUAGACGGGAGCGAUGAGAGGGACUGCCUGGCAGCGGUGCCCAGGAAAGUGAUCACUGCCGCCCUGAUCGGCAGCCUGGUCUGCAGUCUCCUGCUAGUCAUUGCCCUCGGCUGUGCCCUCAAACUCCAUUCCCUCAGGAGCCGAGAGUACAGAGCUUUUGAGACUCAGAUGACUCGCAUGGAAGCCGAGUUUAUUCAGAGAGAGGCACCCCCUUCGUAUAGUCAGUUAAUCGCCCAGGGUCUCAUCCCUCCAGUGGAGGAUUUCCCCGUGUACAACCCCACCCAGGCCUCCGUGUUACAGAACCUGCGGUUGGCGAUGCGCAGACAGAUCAGACGCCACUCGACGCGACGCUCCACCUCCUCCUCCUCUCGUCGGCGACUUGGGCAUCUGUGGAGUCGCCUGUUGCACAGUGUAGGGCGAACCAGAGGCCACGCCCCCUUGCUCGAACCCCCUGGGCCCACGCAGAUCACACUGGGGCUCCACAGCUAUCGAACUGUGGGUGUGCAGGGGCCCCGGGGAAGGGACAGGUCCGGGGCUGGGCUCUGGGAUGAGGGUGAUGCAGCGGGUAUGCCCGGCUCCUGCUGCUCAGCCAGUGUGGACCUGCAGCCCUGCACGCCGGAGAGCCCUGCGUCACCACUCUCCUUGCAGUCAGUGGAUAGUCCAGAGGAGGAGGAACUGUCACCUGUCUGCAGGGAAAGCAGUAGGGCUCCACAGUCUGAGCCCCCCACCCCUGUUCAGAGUGACUCUUCAGCACAUAGCGGAUCCCCUCCCACUCCCCAGGAAGCCUCUGUGCUCCCGUGCCACUCUCGAGCAUCUAGGAAACUAGUGCUGGAGCUCGCUGUUAACCUAAAGGGUGUUUCUUUGAGACGUUACUCCCCCAUGGGACCCUUAUCCCCUAUCUCACCCACUGUGUUUCCCAGCAGCUCCCAGACAUCCACAGCCUACCCUCACUCCCAGGGGAUGCAGGUGACGUCACCUUCUGAGCCCUCGUCUUCGUCUGGGAAAGGAGGGGGCAGCGACAGCCACUUUACUGUGGAAAUGCCAAGCAGGGAAAUAAGAAGCAGGGAUGAGAGGAGGAGGGAGGGCAAGAGCAGACUCUACAGGUUGAGCCGGACCUUCAGUGAUGAGGGAGGAGAUUCAGGGAGGGAGACCACGCCAUGCUGAGGAGUUUAGAAAUAUACUCUCCUUCCCCUCAUUGUUGAGACCUGGUGUCAGCAAUAUCUGCUCUGCUAAAGUGUCCUUGAAAUGUGUUGCCACCAGAUCCAGAGGUGAGACCUGUACCUGGUGCAGUAAGAUAUAAUUAGCUCACGUCCAUUCAACACUAUGAUUGCAUACAAAUCUGCAAAUGCACAAAAUUAUGCAUACGUAGUCCACUCCUUAGAUUAAUAGAACCAGCAUUGGAAGUGCUUAUGGUCUGUGUACACUAAAUCUCUUUGCCAAACUGGAGCUUAAUGCUGACUCCCACAGUUAAAUGCAAACAAACACCCCUGUUCAACCUGUUUGGACAUAAGCCCACCAUGAGUCUGUUCCAGGAAAUCACACUCUGUUCUGGCCACCAGUACCAACACAAUAUUGGCAACAUUCUUACAACGCCAAAGCAGCCUUUGUGUCGCUACCCAGAGCCGUUAUGCACCGCUAUUUACUGUGAACCAUGAAAGCCUAAUAAGUGAUCACAUAUGACUUUAUCUGAUUAAUGAUCCUCUACUUUCUCUUAGUCCCACUUUAUUGAAUGAGGUGGUGGUAUUAUUAGUGUAGGACAUUUUCACAAGGUCAUGGUUGGCCGUUGCAUUGAAGGUUAAAGCUGGCGAUAUUUUAUAUUUUUGUUAUUGUCAACAAAUCACAUGAAAAGGGAAUCUCUCGAGACUUUGCCAGCCAGGCUAAAUAAUUACCUAAAACAUUUUUCAAGAAACAUUAUUCAAACUGGAGGUAGCAGUGCGUUUGUUGGAGACAUAUUUCAGAUACCAGGUUACACAGACAACACUUGUUAGUAGGAUUAAUCCAUUGUUGGUUUUGGUAUUUUCAUAGGAUUUGUUGACAAUAACAAACAUAUCCAAUAUCACCAGAUCUACCUUUUUUAUUACCACUUUGAACCACAAAAGGUUGAGAUUUUCAGAGAUACCCUUAUGUGCUUUGUGGCAGAGAAUCAGGUGAGACGAUUGAUACCGCUCGUUUUUCCAUAUAUAAUAUAAAAUUGGAGUAAGCAGCCGCUUAGUUUAGCUUCACAUAAAGACUGGAAAGAGGGUGAAAAAGCUAGCCUGGCUAUGUCUGAAGGUAGCUUGUGAACUUUAAAGGUGCGAGUUGGCAGAUUUUGUUACCUUCAAACACAGCCAGGCCAGCUGUUUCCCCCUGUCUUCAGUCUUUGUGCUACGCUAUGCUAACUGGCUGCUGGCUGCACUCACCUCUUAGCCAAAAGGCAAAAAAGGGCAUUCCCAAAAAUGUCAGUCUUCCUGUAACACUUGUGAGGUGUCACUGAAUGAUUCAGUGGUUCAAUCAUACCAAACCUUUGUCAGUAUUUAUUCAUCAUAAACGGUACUUUUCCAGUGCUACUCUUUGCUAGUGAUACUUUAGUGACUCCUUUUACAAGACAUCAAGCACUUUCUCGUUAUGUUUUGGAAGUUGCAUCAAAGAUGAUUUCGAUAGAUAGAUAGAUAGAUAGAUAGAUAGAUAGAUUUAAAUUCUGAAUUUUUAACUUGAUAUAUCCCGUUUUAAAAAGCCAAACUUGGAUGGAAACCGAGGUAGUGAAUCCAAGUAUAUUGUCUGUAACUCUGCCCAGACUCUUGUCCUCCUCAGCUCAAACCCAAACUGUCCUCUCAAGGAAGCCUUUCCUCACUUGAAUGAACUCGACUUUAUAUGUGUCAGUGUCUGCUCUGAUUUCCAUUCAGUGUCGAGAAGACUUUAUGUGAAUAUCCAGAAAAGAGAGGCUUCACUUCAGAAUAUUGAGUCCUCUUGAUCCCAGAGGUACCUCUGCAGUACUGCUCACUGCACACUGCUCACUGCAGACAUCUGGACUGAUGGUUUAUUCCACUGGAAAUUCGUAUCUAUGCUGUGGAAUUUUCUAUGAUGUUAAAACAAAGACCUCUAUUUUUCAGUCUUAAGCGGAGACCUGUGAGAGCUCUGCUUUAUAUUUCUCCCUCUGCCUUGACAAACAUUGAACUUUGAUUGAAACCUGGUCGCCUGUGUCUCAGAUGUAUUUUGUAAAGACUGUCUGAGGUAUGGCACUGGUGACCCUAAUCACUUGUGGACUUCUUAAGAAUGUAUCACUUUCAUUGUUGAAAUCAAUGAUGUUGUCCCUCUUUUACUGCAAGAUAUUGAUACUGAACAGAAAAGGCAGGGAGAGUAUGACAAAUGAGCAGGAGCCAAAUGCUGGUUGCUUUUUAGCUGCAGUUUCAGGUUUCUGUACUACUACUAGGCCUUUCCAGCGUUUUUUCCCAUGCUGCCCUCACGCUUUCUUCUCAUAGAAGUUUAGUCAUAAACGGCUGCUACAUGCUAUGUGCCAUUAGAGAUGUCUCCAUACCGCCUCAAGUAAUUCCUGCCUAAUGAUCUGUUCCCUUACCUUUAAUCAGUUUACUCAUUCCUAGUUUUACAUCAUUUUUUUGUUACCACUUGCACCUUGUUAUGAAUUCAAAGCCUGUUGUCCCCAUUUGACUUAAAGUGAAAUAGUAUAGCUGCUAUUUGAAGAAAAUAACUUCAUAUCUGUAGAAUGUAUGUGCUUACUUGCUCUGUAAUGUACAGAAGUGUGUUUCAAACGCCUUAAUAAUUUUUCUUUGCUGUUGUAAAUAUCAUGGGCAGUUUCACUGAUCACAGUUGCGGUUUACAUGUGUGAAGAGAUUAGAUUUGUCUGUGUGUGUGGACACAGCUUUAAGAUGUGACAUGUGAUUGGUACAACCGACUGAGUUCCAGUGCACUACUGCGUCAGGAAUCUCUGUGAUUAUUAUGGCAGGGGGUUUAGAGAAAAGAACAUUUGUUUUUCAGUAACCUUAUUCCAGUGCAUUUACUUGUUUAUUUAAAUGAGAAUCUGUAAAGGUCUUGGUGCCAUUCAUUGCUUUGAUGUUUCUCACAAUGCAGCUGACAUAUUAUAGAGAAUGAAUUUCAGAGAGAGAAUUUCAAUUGUGUGUGUGUGUGUGUGUAAAGUAAGGCUGUGUCACAUUGACUGCCAACAUGGUUAUGGUUAAAUUAUCAGCCAGGAUCAAGGUUUUCGGUUGUGCACGCUGGGUUUUACUGGUGUGGUAAAGUUGCAAAAACUGCUGGGCAGAAGCCACGUCAAGAUCUUCUGAACUGUUUUGUCAGUGUUUUCUUUCCCAUUGCAUUUAUUCACUCUGUACAUUAUCAAACCCUUUCCAACAUGCUACAAUCAUUGCUGUACUUUUCACUGGGUUAGCACGCAGGUAACUACACUGGAUCACGGUCAUUGGAAAGUACAGUACUACUGAACCAGGUUGUCUGAUAAUGGCCCUCUCCUUGUGGUUUGAUUUUGAAGCUUCUUCCACAUCAAAGGCUGAAGUCAACAUAUACUGUUUGUAUAAAAGCAUUUGUCUAAUUUGAGAACUAUAUUUGUAUAUUUUGUCCUGAAAUAGAACCAUGGCAUUGUGGGGUUUGCUGAUCAAAUCCCUGUACAGCCUUCUGCUUAUAAGUUUUUGUGUUCCUGUGCCUGCAAUUAAUAAACGUCAAGCUCUUUAUCA